CUCAUCUCAGACUCAACAUCUCAGCUCUUCACCUCUCACUUGAAUACUCAUAGACAUCACGCUCUUCAUAUCAACUACUACUCUCCUCAAGCUUCACUCCACACUACAGCCAAGAUGUCUGUAUUUACCAUUUCUACUUUCCAGCUCUUGUCUGCGCAUAAGCUGGAGGAGCUAAGAUACGAGGCCAAGUUGCAAUUCUACCAAGCCCAUGCUCUCGACCUUGCAUUCUGCAAUGUUGCCCUCGAGGACUACAUCUAUGCCUUCAUUGAGGGAUACUACAAGCACCAGAACUGCGCCACUUCAACCUCUUCAGCCUUGCUCGCCUCAGACGAUGCUUCAACGAAGCCCAAAUCUAGCGGCCAUCAAACCCACACAUACACGACUUUGGUCUGCUUCUCGUACAGCCACCGGGCGCCAUACUUUCUCCACUCCGGAGAAGACUACUGA